AGGACAAAGCAUCGGAUAGCAUAUACACAGAUUCAACUGUAAACAUACACCCACAUACAUAAAACUCAUCAGAGUGCUAACCGCAUUGAUAAGCUGCCAAAACUUAUACGUUCGUUGUGAUAAAUAAUUUUGAAAAAUGUGAAAUCGAUUAGUAGCUGACUGUCGAUGAGUUGAUCGAGCGAACAUUUGCGAGCUAAGGGAACUCAAUAAGCUGUGAUUAAAAUAAAAAAAGACAUGAGGAGAAACCGCUACGCUAUACAAACAUACAACUUUGAAGUGAAUGAUAUAGAUGUUAUUGGCGUUAUACGUGGAUGCUUAAGUAGUGAAAGCGCUUGUAAAUUGAGAUUUUAAAGCCAACUAUAUUUUAUGAGGAGUAGAAAUAGUUCGUGCUGGAAUUUUAAAGAAUUUGCCUGAAAAUAACAAAAAGGAGAAAUAGUGCUUGCAUGACGUUUGAAGACUGUAAUAACAAAAUUGAUGCAAUGUAGCGUGGCGGACUUAUGGUCGGCGAACGCGAUAGAGACCGUGAAACGGUACGCUGGGAAACGGGUGAUGCAACACCGCCCCAAUUUAAUAAUGGAGGUACGCAAAUGGUUGGACAAUUGCAUGGUGGACAGGCUGCUAGCCAACAACAACAGCAAAAACAGCAACAGCAACAGUCUCAACGCGAUUUACAGCUACAACAGCAACAUUUGCAACUGCAACAGCAACAGCAACAACUAUUGCAACAACAGCAACAGCAUCAACAAACCAGUAAUUGGAUUGAAAACGAAACGCUUAGCCGCAGCCCGGCAGCUGGAGGCACAGGUGCCGUUGGCAGCAUUGGCCACAUCGCUCAGAGUUACGGCAUCGGCAUCGGUGUCGGAAUCGAACACGGGGACAACAACGAUAAUCAGGCCUACUACGAUACAAGCGGUAAUGUCGAUUGGGGCCGAGCGAUGGGAACCGGUGGAGCUAGUUCAUUUGGUUGCGGCACUGGAACAGUCCCAACAACCGGCACUCUUGCUUAUAACAAUGACGCAUCUGCUACUGCUGCUGCUGCUGCCGCUGCCACUGCCAGCCAACGUAAUCUCAACAACAUCGGUGGCGGCAGCAUUGGAAAUCUGGACUACGCUGAUGGUGGUAGUAUUACUGGGGCAUCCGCCACAACCACGCAUACUGCCGGCGGCCCUAUUGGCAAUGGUGGCAUCGGCGGUGGCGGUGCGUUCACUGGCAGUCAAAACAUCGGUGGAAUUGGCGGUGCCAGCACCGGUGCUGGCAGUGCCGGCGCUGUUGGUAAAGAAGUGCGAUACGCUCCAUUCCCAAUACCAUCACCGACGCACUCAAAUCCGACAACUUCCCAUCUGCACGGCAGCAUGGGCACUGGCGCAUUGCAGCGCGUACAUUCCAGAUCCAUGUCCUCCAUACCAGCACCCGAACCCUUUAUGAUAGCGCAAUCAAAACAAAUAAAUAGCCGCGUCUCCAUCAAUGUGGGCGGCGUGAAACAUGAGGUGCUCUGGCGUACACUCGAACGAUUGCCCCACACACGGCUAGGCCGUCUACGCGAAUGCACCACACACGAGGCGAUUAUUGAACUAUGUGAUGAUUAUUCGAUCGCCGACAACGAGUACUUCUUCGACCGACAUCCGAAAAGCUUCAGCUCCAUAUUGAACUUCUAUCGCACCGGUAAGUUACACAUCGUCGACGAGAUGUGCGUACUGGCAUUCAGCGAUGAUCUCGAAUAUUGGGGCGUUGACGAGCUGUAUCUGGAGUCUUGCUGCCAACACAAGUACCAUCAGCGCAAAGAAAAUGUGCACGAGGAAAUGCGCAAAGAGGCUGAGUCGCUGCGUCAACGGGACGAAGAGGAGUUCGGUGAAGGCAAAUGCGCCGAAUACCAGAAGUACUUGUGGGAGCUGCUCGAGAAACCAAAUACCAGCUUUGCGGCGAGGGUUAUCGCAGUGAUAUCCAUACUAUUUAUAGUCCUGUCUACCAUAGCCCUGACGUUGAACACCCUACCACAACUACAACACAGUGAGAAUGGUACACCAUCCGAUAAUCCGCAAUUGGCUAUGGUUGAGGCCGUUUGCAUAUCGUGGUUCACCUUAGAGUAUAUACUUAGGUUUAGUGCGUCGCCGGAUAAAUGGAAAUUCUUUAAGGGCGGCCUUAAUAUAAUCGAUCUAUUGGCAAUACUCCCAUAUUUUGUUUCCCUAUUCCUAUUGGAGACGAAUAAAAAUGCAACGGACCAGUUCCAGGAUGUGCGCCGGGUGGUGCAAGUAUUUCGCAUCAUGCGCAUCCUGCGAAUCCUUAAGCUGGCCCGUCACUCAACGGGCCUGCAGUCGUUAGGCUUUACGCUACGUAAUUCAUAUAAGGAACUCGGUCUACUAAUGCUGUUCCUGGCCAUGGGCGUUCUCAUAUUUUCUUCGCUGGCAUAUUUUGCCGAAAAGGAUGAAAAGGAUACAAAAUUCGUUUCAAUACCGGAAACAUUUUGGUGGGCGGGUAUUACAAUGACAACUGUUGGCUACGGGGACAUCUAUCCCACUACUGCACUGGGAAAGGUUAUUGGUACUGUGUGUUGCAUAUGCGGUGUUCUGGUAAUCGCUUUGCCUAUUCCCAUCAUCGUUAACAAUUUUGCUGAAUUUUAUAAGAACCAGAUGCGACGCGAGAAGGCGCUCAAGCGGCGUGAGGCACUCGAUCGGGCGAAACGUGAGGGCAGCAUUGUCUCCUUUCAUCAUAUCAAUCUGAAAGAUGCCUUCGCCAAAUCCAUGGAUCUCAUAGAUGUCAUUGUGGAUACAGAAAAGCGCGAAAGUCGCAAUAGAUCAAUAAAAAAUUGGCAUCGUUUAACCCACGCGCUACGACGGUCCUCCACAGGGCACAAUCUCUCGCAGACUGAUGGAAAUAGCACCGAAGAUGGCGAGUCGACCAGUGGCGGUGGCCGCAAUCCGGCUACCACCGGCGCCGGCUGCUACCGGAACUACGAUCAUAUGGCCAAUUUGAGGAGUUCGAAUAUGACGCAUCACUUUCGUCCAUCUGUACCUGAUCAGGAAUCAGUUCCUCCUUAUAGUUAUGUCGAUACUCCGAAUGCCCACCUAACGUCCAUGACGGCCAUGGAGAGUUACAAGCGUGAACAGCAACAGCGACAGUUGCAGCAGCAGUUGCUACGCGAACAACGUGAGAAGCUCGAACAGUUGGCACGGGAGCAAGCGGAUGCGCUACUCACAACAACAUCCGCAGCACCUUUAUUCAGUACAACAGUAGCAGUAACAACAGCAACCGCCAAUACAGUUGUCCUUUCCGCAGCUAAUGGCGGUGCGAAUGUGGCAGGCACAGCCGGUAAUGCGAUUGGUUCGGGCUCUACUUCCGCAACAGCCGCAGCGACAGCGUCUGGCGCGGAUGACACAGCUGCUAACUCUUCGCAGGCGGGUGAUAGCGCGUCGUUGGUGCCAUCCGGCCCGCGGCCAUUGCAAAUGAUGAUAGCACCUGGGGAAGUGGCCGAGCUGCGACGUCAGGUGGCACUCGAGAAUUUGCAAAACCAGAGAAUGGAUAAUCUGGAACAGGAUGUACCUGUGGAGUUUGAAUGCUGCUUCUGCACAACGAAGGACUUCAAGGAGUUCACCGAUGCCGAGGGUGUAAUUUCACUUCCAACGUCGGACUUCCACAAGCCCAUUUGCCUGGAGAUGCGCAUGGCUGCCAAUCAGGCAAGCCGAGAUCUGCGCGCCAAUCAGUUCGGUUUGCUGGCGCCACCUAUACUACAGCCCAGGUCACAGCCACAGUUGGCAGGCGUCAUUGCAGCGGCUACGAGCGAUUCACAUGCCGAAGUCAUAUUUUCGAUUGGCGGUGGUGGUGGUGUGAUGCGCACCCCACACCAUCUGCCCCAUCACACUGCCACUGGCCUCGCGCCAAUUGCAUCGCAAUCGUCAUCCACCUCGUCGUCGUACGGCACCACUACAUCCACCACCAUAGCGCUGCCACUCGACACGCCAUUUCGUUACCCACCUUUCAUUACCAGCUACAGCAAUAACAAUUUCAAUUAUAACUAUAACAACAACUUCAAUACGACAUCAGUGGGUGCAUGUCCAGGAUUGUCUAUGGCGACUGGUAAUGCAGCACUGCAAUUGGGAAGCAAUUUUAAUAACAACUUCAAUGUCAAUAUCAACAAUAAUAACAAUGCAGAUCUGGCUAGCGUAGACAGUUCGGAUACGUACGCUAGCUGCCAAACUCAUCCAUUUCACUCUCAAGGUGAUCUCACUGCCGACCUGGCGGACGAAGCAUGUACACUGGACAUCGACAUGGACAACUUGUAUAUAAAUCCGUUGGAAAAGGAGUCGUCGACUUCGACAAGUGGACCCGGUACAACAGGCUAUAUCGUUGGACUACCCCCAACCGGUGCUACUGGUUUGACAGCCAUAGGAUUAGCGCGUUCGCAGGUAAAGAAAAGCGCAUCCGGCGACACGGCAUUACGUAACUUAGCUGCAGGUGGUAUUAGUCCCAUGGACGAGAUUUACCAAAACUUCGAAGUUCAAGAACGCGGAAGUCGCGUUAGUCUUAAUGAGAAUCCAGUGCCAAAACAUCGUAAAACACGGUUCCAAAGUUUUACAUCAAAGCCUACCGGCGCAGAAGUGUCAAACAAACCGCGAGCACGCUUCGAAGAAGCCAAGAUAACACAAGACAGUGUGAGCGGUAGUCACGAAAGCAGUCCUGCAGGCAGCGGAAGCAAGAAGAAGCGCUCGUCCUUUAUGCCCGGUAAAAGUUUAGCCACUGCCACUAAGUUGAUCAAUCAGCAUCUGUUCGGAAUACAGAAUGUUGGGCAAAAAGCGAAAUUUGAAAGCAAACAUUCCUCUUCGAUAGAUUCUAUCGAUGCAUCGCCAAAUCUCGAACACCAUCGACGUUCCAAAUCGAUACUUAAAAACAAAUCGGAUAUCUCGAGAGUGCUCGCAGAUCCCGAGAGCGAGCGUCUGCUGGCAGACAAUAUGUCUGGUUCGGGCGUAUCUGAUAAUGGCACCGUCAUGUUUUGUUUGCAGGGCGAAUCUGGCAGCGAUUACUCACCGAAUAAAUUACCUCACUCAAUUUUAGCCAAGUCUAUUUCCCCACCACCAUUACGGCAUCGGAUGCUGAUACAGCAACGUUCUGGCCCCGCGACGCUACAGUCGCGGCCAACAAAAUUCCAAACGCCACGUUAUCCUGAGGAACAAGCGCUGCGCCAUGUCAAGCCGAUACUGGCGCGCGCAGCUGCCACAUCGCACAUGUCCGGUAAUAAUCGAUACGAUUCAACAAACAGGGACAGCAGUCAAGACUCGGAGACUACAUUCACGUCAAAUGUGAAUAUACGCAGCGAACCUGGUGACGGAGGCGCGGUGAGCAAUGGCGAGGCGGGUGGCUCUAGCGAUGAAAAUCGUUCGCUGCUACAACGUGGCAACUCCGAUGAACAAAAUGAUAGGGAAGACGGUGCUGCCGGUGAUACUGAGGCCACGUAGCAACUAUUGAAAAAGCCAAAGAGCGAAUAAUAACGCCUACUCUCUGCUCCCUCCGACAGUGACAGUGAUAGUGAAUAAAACGCUUAGCAACCAGCGAGUAAUUAUGCAAAACCAAAGGAAAAUUAUUACAAUUUAUAUUAUAGUAAAACUCAUUCAUAUACAUACAAACAUACAUGCAUACAUAUAUACAUAAUAUGUAAAAGGAAUGUAUUGAACGGCAGUGAAAAGAAAAGCAAUGAAAUCUAAUAUUUAAUAGGCAUUAAGAAUAUUUAGAUACAUGCAACAUAAAAACAUACAUACAUAUAUACAUAGUUACAUAGAAUUCAGAAGGUUUGCGUGAGGCAAAUCGCUGUACAUAAAUGCAAGUGCAUAGAGGAAGCGCCUGCAAAUAUUUAACGCAACAAAAAUUCCAAUUAAGUUUACUAAAUUAUUUGCUCUCAGAUAUGAAAGGAACCAUAUUAAAUAUUUGAAAAUGUAAUAAUUCCAUUUUUAUA